GCUUAGUCACCGACCACUGUCACGAACUAUCACCCGCCGCUAAACGAGCUCCAUAAUGUCGACGAAAUACUCUCUGCUCCCGUCAGAUGACAACCCGCCUCCGUCAAACUUUCGCAACAGCAUCAGGAGCGGUGACGCUGCCCUUGCCCUCGAUGGUGACGCCGUAGCCGCUUUAGCCGCCGAACAAGACGCACACGUCGGAGUCAAGAGGGUCGAGGCCGCUCAGCGAGUCUACGGUCGCUACUCCCGCUGGGCUCUCUUCAUCGGCCUCGGACUUGCCUCGUAUAUCUAUUCGCUCGACUCUUCGACCACCCAGGCAUAUCUUACCUUUGCCACCUCUGCCUUGGGCGCACACAGCCUUCUCAGUUCUGUAACUGUCGCUCAGUCCCUCAUCAUCGCGGUGGGCAAGCCUGUCAUUGCAAAGGUCGCCGACAUAUCCUCCCGUGGCAAUGCCUUCGUUGGCGUGCUCUUCUUCUAUGUCGUAGGUUAUAUCGUCAUCGCGACUGCUAAGGGCAUUGGCCAGCUCGCCGGGGGCAUCAUCCUAUAUGCUAUUGGAUAUACCAAUCUCCAGCUUCUCACGCAGAUCAUCAUCGCCGACAUAACGACACUCAAGUGGCGAGGCCUCGUCAGCUCGAUGGUCUCAUUGCCUUUCCUCUUCAACUCGUUCAUUGGGUCCAACAUCUCCACCGCGGUCCUCGAGCACCUCAGUUGGCGAUGGGGCUACGCGAUGUUCGCCUUCCUCGUCCCCAUCGCGCUCUCCCCGCUCAUCGUCACCCUCCUCUGGGCCGAGCGCAAGACGAAGAAACUCGUCGCGGAGGACCUCGCCAUCGCGCGCGCCGCACAGGAGUCGCUCAGCCGCAUCCACUCGCGCGCCGUCUCGCGCGCCACCGGUGGCGCGUACGGCGCCGCGGGCAGCAGCCGCCCCGUGAGCCGCGUGUCGCACGCGCACGAGACCGUGCAGGUCGACGACAGCCAUUCGCCGGUGCACCCGGUGCGGCAGAAUGUGUGGGCGACGCGCUGGGAGACGUUUUUGCGCGUCGCGGAGCAGAUGGACGCUGUGGGGCUGGUGCUGCUCGGCGCGGCGGUGUCGCUGAUCUUGUUGCCGCUGACGCUGAGUCAGGCGUCGGCUGGGAGCUGGAAGAGUCCGGGGAUUAUCACUAUGCUGUGUAUUGGUGUCGUCUCUCUGUUCGUCUUUGGAUGGUGGGACUUCAACAAGGCGUCGCGCCCGGUCCUGCCGAAGCGGUUCGUGUUCAACCGGAGUGUGGCCGGGGCGGCGUUGAUUGGAUUCUUUGACUUUGCCUCGUACUUCCUGACAUAUGUGUACUUGUACUCGUUUGUCCUUGUCGUCAAGCCCUGGUCGCUCAUCAAUGCCACGUACUUUAUGCAAACGCAAAACGUGGCUCUGACUUUGUUCGGUAUCAUCGCCGGUCUGACGAUGCGAUUCAUGCACCGCUACAAGUAUGUGCUGCUCUUCGGUCUGUGCAUCCGCCUCGUCGGCGUCGGCUUGAUGAUCCACUCACGCGGGGCGAACGGCUCCGAUGCCGAGCUCGUCAUGACGCAGGUUCUCCAGGGCUUUGGCGGUGGGCUGGCCUCGAUCUCGGCGCAGGUCGGCGCGCAGGCGUCUGUGCCGCACACGGAUGUGGCGAUGGUCACUGCGGUUGUGCUGCUGCUCACGGAGAUUGGCGGUGCUGUCGGGAACGCGUGUGCGGGUGCGAUCUGGAGCAACUCGAUGCCCGAGAACCUCGCCAAGUAUCUGCCUGAGCUGUCCGAUGAGCAGCGCAAGGCGCUCUAUGGGAGCAUCACGGACGUGGUGAAGUACCCGCGCGGCGAUCCGAUUCGCGAGGGCGUUAUUCUCGCUUACGACGACACGAUGAAGACGAUGAUCCUGAUCGCGACGGUGCUCAGCGUCAUACCGAUCCUCCUUGCGUUCAUCAUGCCGAACUGGUACCUCGGCGACGCCCAGAACGCGAUCACGGAGACGGAUCUGAUGGGCAACUACGCGGACGAGGACCAGAGCUCGAUUGAUUCCGAGGCGUAGCUGCGCUCGAUCGCGUGUGGAUCGGGCUCGAUGCCUGCUUCAUCUCUGUCUGUCUGUCAAGCAUUCACUAAAGACGGCUGCAACGCCUGGCUAAUGAACGCAUUCGCAUCUCUCCUCUCCCUCUCUGUCUCUGCUACGCUGUCCUGGAAGCAUACUCCCGUAGACCACCUGUGUGCGACCGACCGGCUGGUUGCUUUAUCGUCGUCGGUCCAGGGGUGUUGGCCACCGUGCUGCUUGCUGCAUAUCUACAUAGUGUCUUGUUUAGUUUUCUGACUUUUUGUCGAAUCUGCUGUCUCUGUUUGUGUUUCUGUCCUCGUACGUACGUUCUCUUGCAUCGUUCGCUUUGCUUUGUACUAGUUAGAUAAUGAUCAUACAAUGUUU